AUGUCUUUGAACGAAGCAACCCGAUUCGACAUCAUGAACGCUCAGCGAUUUGAGAUUUCCAGACGCAGGUCUUUGCCUGAAACACCUGUGAUCAGCCUCACCCAAGAUCCGUUGGACCCGGAACCUUCCCAUUUCCUUAAAAUUGAGACCUCGCGCGAUAGCCUCAUGGAUGCACAGCGUUACCACCAUUCCAAACGCACCAGCAAAUCUUUCAGCACAAACGGUAGCAAGUCACCCAACUCACAAGCCACUUUGACUUCCGUGAUCGACCCAGAGGCAGUUAUUGAACGCCUGCUGCUUGAGGCUGAACGUAUGAAGAUGUUGGAUGCUCAGAGGUGCGACCCUCGAUCAAGGACUUCUUACUGGACCUUUCAGUCACCGGAGCCUUUUGAAUCUGAAUGCGUCACAACCGGACCGAACCCUGACACUCUCGAGAACCGCGACGAUAGCGAUUCCGGGUCAUCCUACGGCUCUGCUUCGGAUUCUCCUUCUGGUUACUCAUUUUCUCCUGACCGUUCUGAGGUGGCGGAAAGUAUCAGUGACGCCGCGUCAUCGAUUCGGUUCGCUGAACAAAGGCCGCCCAAGGAGCCUGAGGCUUCAAGACUGGCUUGCAGUUGGAGGACAGGCCACACAGUAACCACUCGAACUAUUAUCCACCCCGUUGCUCGGAAGACUGGGUCGUCAAAACCGACAACUCCCCUUUUCACGCCUCCGACCUCCCGUGCUGUUUCGCCUAAAAGUUCUCGAGCUAUUCUGCGUUCAUUAACCUGUGUGUCUGAUGAACAUAUUGAUACAUUGGGCUCAAGAGGCAAGAGCUCACUCCACCCCCCAGCUGGUGAAUCUCUGGCAAUUUUUGUAACUCAGCAGGUCGAACGCCCCCUUUCGGACGAAGAUCGAGAGAGGGAGCAGUUAUGGCGGGAAGCAAUGUGCUCCUUGCACUUUGGUGGUGACUGGGAGCAAAUGAACAAGCGGUUCCCGCCCGGCCAUCCUCGUUGGUGA